GGCUGUUGGCUCAGGCCUGUGAAACUCUCUCUCAGGCUGUGAGUCUGAGUCUUCAGCAUGACCUUCCUCAUCUUCUUCCUCGCGUCUGCACAGAUCUGCUGGAGUGUCACGGUCAGUUCGACCCCGGCGCCAGCGGACAGUACCUCGCCCUGCUGCAGAGCGGCGUGUGCUGUGCUGAGAUGUCGUCUGUCCUGCACUCGAUCUGCUCCAGUGUCGGUGAGUCUCAGACCUGUGCUCUGCUGAACCUGCGGAGGAAGCUGCUCUCUUCACAGGGUCACAGACCCAGCGGCGCUCUGACAGCAGUGAACCGAGAGCUCAACGCUCUCUCCAAGGCCUUCACUCACCUGACCAUAAACCCAAACCACCUGAGAAUUCUGGGAGAAAUGCCACCCGACUUCAAGAUCCUGCUGCUCCAACACUCAGAGGACAGUGAAGAAACGCAGUCACAAGUGAUUCUUCCUGAGAAACGUUCAGACGAGAACCGAGAUGAAGCCUUCACUCACCUGACCAUAAACCCAAACCACCUGAGAAUUCUGGGAGAAAUGCCACCCGACUUCAAGAUCCUGCUGCUCCAACACUCAGAGGACAGUUCUGUGCUUUACGCCGGCCUUUAUGAGAAGGUUAAAGCCGCAGAGACUCAGAAAGGAAAGAGUGUGACAGGUGGUCUGAUCUGCUCUAAGGUGCUCAAGGCGUCCGUUCAUCGCUCAGAUCUGCAGCAGCUCCGCAAACUUCUGCAAGAGUUCAAAGAUCUGACCGCACAGACGCGUCUGAAAGAGUCACGCCACUGCGGACAGAACCGAGCACAAGAAGAUAAAGAUGGACAGCUGGAUGAUUGUUUCAGAGCUCUGCUUGAGGAAAUGGAGAACUACCUCAAUCCCGUUCUCUCUCAGUUUGACUUUUCAUGCUUUAGCGUUCGCUCUCCGUCCAUCUCCACCACAUCGGCCCGAGUCAAAGACAAGGAUGAGAAAACUGCUGAUAAACCUCUGCCGGAUGCUGGUGAUUCUGUGGUGAUUCUCGCUGACCGGACGCUGUUGGAGUUUCCGUUAGAAGCGUUGAGCGUCCUGCAGGCGAAGGGCAUCAUCUCCGUCUCUCGAGAUUUCUCUCUGCAGGUUCUUCACGCACGACUGCAGACGGAUGAAGCAGGUGCGUCUGGACGUCUGUGA